CCCAGCACUUCAAUUUUUUGUACGUCUUGCAAGUUAAGAAAUAAUAUGGCGAGCAAAAGAAUUCUUCUACAUAGUGUAUAAUAUCCCAGAAUGCCCAUAUAAUUCGACGGACCCCCAACUACCGCAUUAUCAAAAUCAGCUUCUCGCGAGACUGUCCCUCUGGAACUAUCACCAACUCGCCCCUCCAAAACAAUGUCAGACCCAGUCGCCGCCGAAGCAGUUGCAGCUGCGCCCAGUGCUACCACCAGCAUCAAAAUCCGUGCUCCCAAAGAACGCGGCGCGCCCUUCUCUGCAUCCUCCACAACCUUCGUCCCUCCCCGCGACUCUAUCACGGGAACCUGGCACGUUACCCACUCCACGCUCCCCAUGUGGAAAAAAGCCCGCAACGUCGCCAUAACCUACGUACCUCUCUCGGAAGACGCCAGCCCUAAGCUUGACGACACGGUAACCUACCAGGGCCUUACGGGCUCUGGUAUCAAGACGGUCUCUGGGAUUGAUACUCCAGCAGGCGACGGGGCGUGGAGUUGGCGGGGGAAGGGGUGGUUGAUGAUUGCUAGUAGCCAUUGGCAGUUCUUGGGGUAUGGCGGGGGAGGAGAGGGAGGAGAGGGGGAAGGUUGGGCUGUGACGUAUUUCCAGAAGACGCUGUUUACGCCGGCUGGGAUUGAUAUUUACAGUCGGCGGAAGGAGGGACUGGAUGCUGAGACGCUGCAGGGGAUUACGGCUGCGCUGGGCAAGAAUGAGAGUGAAGAGAUUAGGGAGUUGGCGAAGGUGUUGUUUGAAGUGAAAAGGGAUUGA